AUGCCAUCGUUCAAGACUAUCCUCCUUCCCCUAGCCCUCCUCGUGGCCACUGCCACUGCAGACACCUGCCCCGGAGAUUGGUUGUCAAACACCUUUAAUGGCGAUACAAAAUGCUGUUAUGGAAACAUGCUAGUUGAAGACCGUGAUGCAUUCUGCUGCGUCUACGACCUGACUCCUCCUCCCGUGGAAACUAUCAGCACGUCGACAGCCACUUCCUCAACCGAUGACUAUGCUGGUUGGUCUACCGCCGGCGAAUGCUUCACGAAGGUUCCUUUCAGCGCAAGCAACUAUUCGGAUCUGGUCUCUUCAGCUUCGUUAAAGAUUGCAGCUACUAGAGCGACGGUUGCGAGCAACCAGGCGAGUUCUACAAGCACCAGUUCCAGCUCGACCUCAUCGGGUACGGCCUCAGCCACGAAUGGUACUAGUUCCAAAUCGAGCUCAGCGUCUGCGGCUUCUACCAGCAAUGCGGCCAUGCCAAUUGCUACGGCUCAAGAGAUGGUGCUUGGUGGAGCUGCAGUCGUCGUUGGUCUUUUCGUGCUGUGA